GCCCGUAACGAUGGAUGCCGUAUUUACAUGGGUUUGUUUUCAUCUUGAAGGUCAUCGUUUUAGGUUUUCACAAUAAAAGUAUUUUUGCGUAUUUUUUUUGCGUACGUACCAGUACUUCCAGUACACACCAUGCAUGUUUGACAGCAGACUUCUUGGCACUUUCUGUUCUUCAUACGGUACAGUGCCUUGAAAAUAAAUCGAAAUCCGUUGUGUUGUCAUUUCUCUUCCGCUGGCGAGACAAGAAGAGCGGCGUUGAAAGGGGAUACAGGGAGCGACCCACAGCAGGAAGUCGGAAGACAACCAUGGUGGACGAUUCGAAACUACGGCUGCGGGCACGGCGGGCUUUUCACAUGGAGGAAGGCCACGUUGUGCACAACACGACGACUCCCAGCAACCGAAGCUCGGACAACCUAAGAAAUCUCGACGCAAGCGUGGGCAAGAUCCAUGGACGCGUCAAGCGAAGGAGGCGUCGAAUGGUUUUCUAUAGGGCCUGUCGGCUGCUCCUCGGGGGACUAGCCGCGGCUGUGAUUACCGCCACGCUUUCCAUCUGGCUGUUGCCAUUUUCGUGGACGCAAGUGGAUUACCACCACCAAUUGCAGCACGAGGUUCAAUAUGUAUACCAAAAACUCCACGACAACAGGCGAAAUUUUCACAGCGUCGUCGAUAAUUUCCAUCCCAAUCACCACCUCCAUCACACCAACAAAAACAACGACAACUCGGUAAAAGUGCACCCAAAGAAACGAAAACAAAACGAGGAAGACCGCCACUACGCCCGACUCGAGGAUGAAAGUCCUCUGGGCGACGAAAAAGAAGAAAUAGUGGUUGGGCCGGUCAACGAUCGGGAAGUGAAACGACACUUGCGGCGGCCAUCGACCAAGGCCCCACACGAAAACACAGCCGCAAAGAACGACCAAGCCGACGAGACCCAAAACGCAAUGCCGGAAAUCGUUACUUGUGGAGACGGAACGGUCGGCUUCAAAAACGACGAUUAUUGCGAUUGUUUGCAGGAUGGUCUGGACGAACCCGACACAUCCGCGUGUUCCCAUGUCUUGGCGCAGCAGGCRAWAUUUGUCUGUGGUCGCCGCCACCAAACCAACGAACAAGACCCUCACGAUGAUCCUGCAGAGAUGAACAAGAAGGCAGUGAAGUGGAUUUAUGCCUCACGGGUCAACGACGGGAUCCUCGAUUGCCCGGAUGGAAGCGACGAAUACGACCACACCACAUCAAACCAUGCGCAAGAUGGCUAGUUCURUACUUCGGUCAAAAUGAACCACAGAAUAAAGCAAAGGCCCAGUC